AUGGACGUCCGCAACAACCAUCACGUCGACGCCCUCGUCUCGGCCUACCGCACCCUCCGCACCGCUCUCGAGGCCGUCCGCAUCCCCGAUCGCGACCAGGACCCGUCGGCAUUGCUGCCGGCCCCGCCCGCUGUUGCCGAGCCAAAGUCUCAGCAAGAGCCGCCCAAGCCACGGCCCUCGCGUCGCGCAAGCCGCAUAGCCGCUGAGAACAUGGGAUCGCAGGCCGCGCCCAUUGUCCUCGACGCCGAUGACGAUCACCCGCCGCCACCGCCGGGCAAGGUCCGCUGUCCGGUCUGCGGCCUAGCCCUUAGCCCGGACAUGCUCAAUACUCAUCUGGACACCUGCUUGUCCAGCGGAGGCGGAGCAGGCGGCAAGGCUGCGGGAGGCAAUGCGGCCCACUCUGCCCCGCCGGUUGUGCUCGGGCGCAAGCCAUGUGGCAAGCCGCCCAAGCGGCUGCCCAAGCUCGUGCACUCGAUUAUGAAGCCGUCGCAGAUCAAGGCCAAGCUCCGCGAGUACCGGCUGCCAACCCACGGCAACCGCAAGGCCAUGGUCUGGCGGCUCUCCGAGUUUACGCUCAGAUACAACUGCGCCCUCGACGGCGGCGAGGCGCCGACCUACGACGCCAUCGCUGCCCGCGUCACAAACGACGAGCAGCACCGCAAGGCGUCGGCCAAGCAAGCAUCAUCGGCAAGCAAGGCCCACAAGUCCUCCGGCUCGGUGUCGACUGAAUCGAGCCCGGCGUCGGCAGGAAAGCCCAGAGCCGGCGGCAGCGCCAAGUCCAAGUCCAAGUCCAAGGCCAAGUCGAAGCACAAGGCACUCAUCAAGGAGAUCCGCAAGCGUAAGGCCGCCAAGGCUGCCAAAGCCGCCGCUGAGGCUGCAGAGGCUGCCAAGCUAGCCGCUGAGAACCCGUGGCGGGUCGUCGAGGACCCGGUCUCCGGCAAACCGUUCUACUACAACGCGCUCGCCAACAUCGGCACCUUUGACCCGCCACAAGAGCUCACCGACCCGUCGCAAGAGACGCAUGGCUACACUGUUCUUGUUCUGCCGCCGAGCGGCAGCGACCCGCCCAAGCUGGUCGCCAUCCAGCCGGCGGCUGCACCUCCGCCGCCGCCGCCUCCUGCCGUCAAGGACAGAUCGUCUGAGGGCGCGUUCUUCUUCAUGCGCGAGGCUGGCGACCGGUGCUUCACCGCCGAGUGGGACGCCGACUACCUCGUCCAUGGCAACUACGAGAUUGCUGCCGAGACGGUGACUCCGCAGCGCAUCCACGAGUUCCCCUUUUCCGUCGUCAUCCGUGGUCCCUCGGGCGCGGUCAUGUUUGAGCGCGCACAGGACUUCUCCGGCCGCUUUGGCUUUACCACCACUGAGGAGGGUACCUACUCGGUCUGCUUCAACCUCGGCAAGCUGCCGCGGUCGCGCAAGGCCAACGGGCGCAAGGUGAGCAUCGACAUCUCGGCAGGCCUUAAGACCGAUGACUACACCGAGGUGGCGCAGAAGGAGCAUCUCUCGCCCAUGGAGGUGGAGCUGCGGCGGAUGACCGACAUUGCUCGGGUCAUCAAGGAUGAUCUCAUUCACAUGCGGAACAGAGAGGCCCGCCUCCGCGAGACCAAUGAGUCCACCAUUGCUUGGGCAGACACAUGGUCCAACGUCGGCUUCUUCCUCGUCUUCUGCCUCACCGCAUGGCAGUUGUACUUUGUCCGCGCCUCGGUCAAGGCCUCCAACAAGAUGUUCUAA